UACUGCGCCACAGACUGAGUCAGAGUCACCGUCACAAGAACGAGAACGACGUAGUAGCUCACUCCCUUCCCUCGCAUCAAGUUAGUAGGUCUCUGUCGCUCACCGUGAAUGCAAUGGCGACGAGUGCAUCGGAGCUGAAAAGACCGUUUUACGACGUCAACGACGCCGAGGCGCUAUUCGAGAAAUUUGUUAAAGAUUUCAACAAGAGUUACAAAGAUGACGCAGAUAGAGAAAAGCAUUAUCAAGCAUUCAUCAAAUCUCUGCAUACAAUCAAUGAACUGAACUCAAGAGGUGGCUCUGCGACAUAUGGCAUAAAUCAAUUCGCAGAUUACACAGAAGACGAACACAUAUGCUGCUGCAUGAAUAAACGCAAUUGAAGUGAUGAUCUCGGAGAAAAACUCAAAAUUAAGAUUAGUUUGUUUAUAAGUAUUAGUAUGUAUUGAAAUAAAUUUUAUAUAACAAAUUUGUUUUAUAUAACAAAACAUUAUUUUACUCAAUUUUAUAACUUUUGGGGUUCCGGCGUACGUUGUAAAAGAUAAGCGACCGAGAAAAGGUCGGAUGUAGCAAAAGAUGUAUGAGCAAACAUGGAGCGACUAAAAUACAACUUUGGAUCGACGCUAUCGACAACCAUCGUUAACGACUGAGUUCAUCUAUUUUCAAAACUAAUUAAUGUAUUUGGUAUAUCAUUUUAUACUCGUACUAUAAUAUUUAUUUAUAUAACUUUCUCCUAGCAAAUUAUCAUUCGUUAGAAGUGUUUCUUUGAAGAAGAGUUUGCAUUUAUUACAUUUUAAUAUCAAAAUGUUGACUUUUAUUAUAAACAUUUUUAACAAUUUUGUUCUUCGAUACAUUAUAUUUUCGCGUCACAAAUUUUAUGGAGUUACUGCGACUUAAUUUAAAAAAUAUAUAUAGAGCUUAGCAAAGGUGUCACAUCAACAUAGGAAGACUUUUUCAUUUGGCUAAAAUGUGAAUUUUGAUACGCAAAUACAUAGUUCCAAUUCAAAGUAGGAGGUAGUUUACUAUAUUUCGAUUUAUAACUGCACACGUUAAGGUUAAAUAAAUAUUGUUUUAACGUUACAUUUGAGACUACAGCUAAGUAUUACGUUUGAAAUAGACUAGUUUACAGUAGUAUAGAAUGUUCAGAGAAAUGGACUUAACUCUUCUCUGAAAUAAUAAUACAAAACACUUGCUGCGGUAAAGUCAGAGGCAGCUGUUGCAUCAAAGGCACGACUCGACCGAAAGUAACUCGACCUCAGAGAAUUCCAGUGUGUUUAUUUCUGAGUGUACAACAGAGGCAAGUGGAAACUAAUUUUUACGUAAAUGAAAUG